AUCAUCCACCGCCGACCACAAACUAUUGGCACUGUCCAUCACUCACAGACUCACACUCUCAGUCUCGCUCUGUCACUCUCAGUCGCUCACACUCAAUCUCGCUCAAUCGCACCACAUACUCAGUCUAUCGAGUAGUAUCGACUCUAUCUCACUCGAUCACUCACAUGCUCACUCACUCUCAAUCGCUCUGCAUUAUCUUCUUUUUGAGUCAGGAUCAUAGCAAAAAAUGCGUCCUCAUGGGAACUGGAUUUGUAAUAGUUCAGAUGGUUUGAGGAUCAGCCCAUGAGACUAGUGUCAACAUGAGAACUGCGUCAAACCAAGUAACUGAGUAACUAUACCCGUUGAGACUAGUGUCAUCAUGAAAGUAACUGAGUAACUAUACCCAUUGAAAUUCAAUAACCCGUUGAAGCUCUGUGAGUAGAUGUCGUCUUUUGUCCGUUUAAGGCUUAUGAAACAAAAACCAAUCGCGGGAGUAGGAAAUUCACCGAGUCGAAGAAUCAUUCCCUUGUGGGUAUCUCGGUAAAUCACUUGCCUUGCCUCGUCACGCGCAUACAAUUCCAUAAGCCUUAAACCCUAGCCAGAUUCCCGGGUGCCUCACAUAUCAAUUACUUCAUGUCUCUCUGCAAUCUCACCACCAUGACGUCCUUACUUAAAGCUGCUCCGUGGAGUCUAUCAUUCUUAUGUGGAAGCGAAGAUGGCAAACAGAGCAAUAAGACUUGGAAUACCAUUGUUGUUCAAAAGCGAAAGUCUUCAUUGCGGGUAUUAUCGAUGUCAACUACCGCCCCAGUCGAACAGUUUGACUCCAUUGGCAUCCCAAUCAUGGUAAAUGGAUGUACCGGCAAAAUGGGGAAGGCCGUUAUUAAGGCAGCGGAUGCAGCUGGGCUGGAUGUUCUCCCUGUAUCAUUUGCCUCUGAAGAGGAGUCUGGCCAAACUGUGGGAGUGUGUGGGAAAGAUAUUCAGGUGCAUGGUCCUUCUGAGAGAGAGAAAAUCCUUUCCUCUGUCUUUGAUGAAUACCCAAACCUAAUUGUGGUAGACUACACUGUGCCUGGUGCAGUGAAUGAUAAUGCAGAGCUCUAUUGCAAAGUUGGAGUCCCCUUUGUUAUGGGAACAACUGGUGGAGACAGGGACCGGUUGUAUAAGACCGUGAAUGAUUCAAAGGUUUAUGCGGUCAUAUCGCCACAGAUGGGAAAACAGGUUGUUGCAUUUCUUGCAGCCAUGGAAAUCAUGGCGCAGCAAUUUCCCGGAGCCUUCUCUGGCUAUUCCUUAGAGGUGAUGGAGUCUCAUCAAGCAGGGAAAUUGGACACAUCUGGAACUGCCAAGGCUGUAAUAUCUUGCUUUCAGAAGCUGGGUGUAUCUUUUGAUAUGGAUCAGGUACAAAUGAUCCGGGAUCCCAGGCAACAAAUCGAGAUGGUGGGAGUUCCAGAGGAGCAUUUGCUUGGUCAUGCGUUCCAUUUGUAUCAUCUCACAUCACCUGACCAAACUGUUUCUUUUGAGUUUCAACAUAAUGUUUGUGGUAGAUCAAUAUAUGCUGAGGGUACUGUUGAUGCUGCAAUUUUCCUAGCCAAGAAGGUCCUGUCAAAGACAGACAAGCGUAUCUAUAACAUGAUUGACGUCUUGAGAGAGGGGAAUAUGCGAUAGAAAUCACUUGCUGUUGUUGUAUCAGUAUACGGUUUAACAUUUUAACUUGAGAUGAUUAAGAUUAUUCUUGACAUUUGGGAAGGCAAUUUUGGAAUGCUAUCUUGGCCUUGCCAGUUGCCACAGUUGGUGUAGUAGUCUGCUUAACGUCUCUGAAACUCCAUUGCUUAUAAGUGCAGAUGGUGUCUCUUAGGAGAGAAUUAACACUUCCAUUAUUCCCUUUUUUAGUUGUUAGGAGAUGCAAGUCGGAACACUGAACUGAUUUUUGGUUGUUGAUAGCCUUUUAGUGCUGAAUUUGAUUAAAUAGCUGGAUGAUUAAUCUGUCAAA